AUGCGCUUUGGCCGCACGCUGCAGCGGUCCGUGUACCAGCCGUGGCGCGACAAGUACAUCGACUACGACAAGCUCAAGCAGCUGCUGCGCGAGGGCGGCUCCGACCAGGGUAGCGACGAGGACUUCGACGACACUUGGACUGAGGAGGAUGAGGGCCGCUUCGUCGAGGAGCUGGUCAACGUGCAGCUGGAGAAGGUGCACGACUUUCAGAACCAGAAAUACCAGGACUUGCGCGACCGCACCUCGGAAUGCGAACGCAAGCUGGAGCCCUUGACGCCGCCGGGCCACCAGGAGGCGGACGGUAGCGGUGGGAAUGGCGAGGGUAGCAGCAAUGAUAAUAACAACAAUAGGCCCGAUGUGCCCGAGGAGAAGCGCAAGCGGAUUUUGCAGGAGGUGCUGAAGGAGCUGGAUACCAUCACCAAGGAAGUCAGCGAGCUUGAGCGCUACAGCCGCAUCAACUACACCGGCUUCUUGAAGGCUGCCAAGAAGCACGACCGUAAGCGCGGCCACAGCUACCGCGUGAGGCCGCUCUUGCAGGUGCGCCUGGCCGCGUUACCAUUCAACAAGGAGGACUACUCGCCGCUGCUGAUCCGCCUGUCGGCCAUGUACUCGUUCGUUCGCCAGAACCUUGAGGGCAAGGAGAAAAGGGAGCUGUCCUUUUCCGAGAACACCACCGGCGGCGAGUCCUUCACCUCGCACAAGUUCUGGGUCCACCCCGAGAAUUUGCUUGAGGUUAAGACCGUUAUCCUUCGUCGGCUGCCUGUGCUCGUGUACAAUCCUCAGACUUCCAAGGUUGCCGAGGGCACCCAACGUGAUCCAACCAUUACAUCCAUCUACUUUGAUAACUACAAGUUUUCACUGUACACUGAUAAGGUUGGACAUGAGCCCGAAGCCUCGUCGCUGCGGCUGCGCUGGUACGGGCAGCUGGCGGAGAAGCCCGAGAUUGUGCUUGAGAAGAAGACGAUCAAGGAUGGGGAUGCUAGCGAGGAGCUGCGAUUCCCAAUCAAGGAGAAGUAUAUCGAGCAGUUUAUUCGCGGAGAGUACAAGAUGGAGAAGAGCAUCGACAAGCUGAAGAGGACCGUUGGCGAGGAUUCUCCGAAGGUCGAGGAUCUUCAGAGGAGCGUUGACGCUAUUCAGUCCUUCGUCCGGGAGCGCGAGCUUCAGCCUGUGCUGAGAGCAAACUACACUCGCACUGCCUUCCAGAUUCCUGGAGACGACAGGGUCCGCAUCUCCCUCGACACCAACCUUGCCCUCAUCCGUGAGGAUGCGAUUGAUCACGACCGUCCUUGCCGUGACCCGGAUGACUGGCACAGGAGUGAUAUUGACAGCUCUCAAAUGGAGUAUCCCUUCAACGAGAUACGCAAGGGCGAGAUAUCUCGUUUCCCGUUCGCCCUUCUGGAGAUCAAGAUCAAGGGCAAGAAGCAGUACGAGUGGGUCGAGGAUUUGAUGAACUCGCACCUUGUCAAGGAGGCACCCCGGUUCUCCAAGUUCGUGCACGGUGUUGCUCAGCUAUUCGAGGAUCAAGUCAACACCUUCCCCUUCUGGCUCAGCGAGCUCGAGACAGACAUCCGCCGCGAUCCCCACAAGGCCUUCGAGGAGGAGCAGGAGCGCAAGGCUAAAGCUGCUGAAGACGAGUUCGCCGUUGGCAGUCUAUUUGGCACGCGCUCUAGCCCGGUGGCUUUCCGGGCAUCCAUGGCCUCUCCGGUGGGCUCUCCCUCUAAUGCCGGCGCCAUGAAGUUGAGCAAGUCGCCCAGGGCUACCGUUGCCGACACGCGCCGCGCCUCGCUGGCCGCGCAGACAGCGUCCGCAAAGCAGACGGGCACCGACAACGUCGCAGAGGAGCCAGACUCGGACUCGGACGGCCGACAAGCCGGUCCUUCGGGCGAGCGCAACAUGACGUCGCCCGGCGGCGUGCGCUCGCUCUUCCCGUCCUUCUCGUACUCCAAGUACGCGCAACGCCACCGCGCUCGCCAACAGCAAGCGGUGUCGCUGCCGCCGGGCGUGCGGGACCCGGGCCCGCGGUGGAUCAAAGACCAGGGACCGGUGCGCGUCGAGGCCAAGGUGUGGCUGGCCAACCAGCGCACCUUCAUCAAGUGGCAGCACGUGUCGGUACUGCUGGCGACGCUGUCGCUCGGCCUGUUCAACGCUGCGGGCGAGGACAACAACGUCGCGCGCUCGCUGGCCGUCGUGUACACGUGCGUCGCGGCGUUUGCGGGCGUGUGGGGUUAUGCCAUGUACAUGCAUCGCGGCAAGCUGAUCCGUGAGCGCAGUGGGAAGGACUUUGAUAACGUGUUGGGGCCCAUGGUCGUGUGUCUGGGAUUGAUUAUUGCACUGUGCUGCAAUUUUGGGUUCAGGUAUCAUGCCAUCACGAAAGAAAAGGAAAGAAGUGCGGAUGGUGGCGGUGUGAAUGCCACUGCGGCUGUCGUGGUGGAGGCUGUUGCGGGAAUGCUUGGUACUGGAGAGCUGUAG